AUGCCCGGUAGUGUUAGCCCUGUCCGCGGGGGCAGCAUCGACGCUACUCGCGUCGAGGCCCCCGUCACCUUCAAGACUUACUUGAUGUGUGCCUUUGCUGCCUUUGGUGGUAUUUUCUUCGGUUAUGACUCUGGUUACAUCUCGGGUGUCCUUGGUAUGGACUUCUUCAUCUCGACUUUCGAGCACAUGCCCUUGAGCGAAGCUACUACCAACCCCGACGCCUUUGUGAUUCCCUCGUGGAAGAAGUCCCUCAUUGUCUCUAUUCUCUCCGCUGGAACCUUCUUUGGUGCUUUGAUCGCUGGUGACCUCGCUGAUUGGUUUGGUCGUCGUACUACUGUCAUUGCUGGCUGCUUCGUCUUCAUCGUUGGUGUCGUUCUCCAGACUGCUUCCAGCAGCCUCGGUCUCCUCGUUGCUGGUCGUCUCAUUGCUGGAUUCGGUGUCGGCUUCGUCUCAGCCGUCAUCAUCCUGUACAUGUCUGAGAUCGCCCCCCGCAAGGUGCGCGGUGCGAUUGUCUCCGGUUACCAGUUCUGCAUCACCAUCGGUCUCAUGCUGGCGUCUUGCGUCGACUACGCUACCGAGAACCGCACCGACUCCGGCUCCUACCGUAUCCCCGUCGGUCUCCAGUUGCUCUGGGCUCUGAUCCUCGGCACUGGUCUGUUCAUGCUCCCCGAGUCUCCUCGUCACUUCAUCCGCAAGGGCCAGAAGGACAAGGCUCGUGCUGCCCUCGCCCGCAUCCGUGACCAGCCCGAGGACUCCGACUUCAUCGAGCAGGAGCUGAACGAGAUCGAUGCCAACUUCCAAUACGAGCAGACCCUGAUCCCCCAGACCGGCUACUUUGAGUCCUGGUUCAACUGCUUCCGCGGCAGCCUCUUCCACCCCAAUUCGAACCUCCGCCGCACUGUCCUCGGUACCUCCCUUCAGAUGAUGCAGCAGUGGACCGGUGUCAACUUCGUCUUCUACUUCGGUACCACCUUCUUCAAGCAGCUUGGCACCAUCCAGAACCCCUUCCUGCUCACCAUGAUCACCACCAUCGUCAACGUCUGCUCCACCCCGAUCUCUUUCUACACCAUUGAGAAGGUCGGCCGUCGCCCUCUCCUCUUGUGGGGUGCUCUCGGCAUGGUUGUCUGCCAGUUCAUUGUGGCCAUCAUCGGUGUCACCGACGGUCAGAACCCUCAGGCGGUCUCCGCCAUGAUUGCCUUCAUCUGUAUCUACAUCUUCUUCUUCGCCUCCACCUGGGGUCCCGGUGCCUGGGUCGUCAUUGGUGAGAUCUACCCUCUUCCCAUCCGUUCCCGCGGUGUCGCUCUCUCCACCGCCUCCAACUGGCUCUGGAACUGCAUCAUCGCCGUCAUCACCCCCUACAUGGUCGACUCCGACCAGGGCAACCUCGGCGCCAAGGUCUUCUUCCUCUGGGGCUCCCUCUGCACCUGCGCCUUUGUCUACACCUACUUCCUCAUUCCCGAGACCAAGGGUCUUACUCUGGAGCAGGUCGACAAGAUGAUGGAGGAGACCACCCCCCGCACUUCUGCUGGCUGGGUCCCUCACUCCACCUUCGCUGGCGAGAUGGGCUUCACUGAGAAGGCUGCUGUUGGCCCCGUCGUUACCCACGCCGAGGUCUAA